AUGUUGAUCUGCCACCUCACGGAGACGUAUCCAAAUUGGGAGACGGAAAGGCCCAACGUUACCGAUUUGACCAAGCUUUACAAGGCUGCGAAGGAGCGUUUUGAUGUCGACGAAAAAUUUCAUGAGCGCUCUAAGGCGCAGGUUGUGCUGCUACAGUCCGGUGAUCAGAUUCCCGAAAAGUUUGGGAGACUCUGUGUGAAAUUAGUCGCCGCGAAUAUCAGAAGGUCUAUGAUCGACUGGACGUGUCACUUAAUGAGAUGGGCGAGUCGUUUUACAACCCAAUUAUUACGCACCAACCAUUGA